UUUGUUGUAAAAAAAAAACAUAAUAAUAAUAAUAAUAAUAAAUGGUAGCCUUAAGUUGAAUGUUGUAAAAUAUAAAUUAACUGACUUUAUUUAAUCAAACAUACUGUAUGAAAUAUUUUUAAAUAAUACUGACUUUACAUCAGUCCAAGCCAAUUCUUAAAGACAUUUUCCAUUUUAAAAUGCACAUUAAAAAUAACGGUUUUUAUAUUUAGAAUAUAUAAAGAGGAAAAUGCGUUUCGUUGAAACCCUGCAAGCUGUAUUACAGAUGCGGUUGAGGGAACCCAGUACGAGAAAGGGUGUCGGUGACGUAGAUAGGUGAGUUGUAAAAAUAAAAUAUUAAUGAAACCGCAUGAACUCGCUGACAUCAUCAGUGCCUCAUGGCUGUGAAUGAGGCUCCGGGUCGGACAUCAGUUAUUCAAUAAGUCAUCUGAUCAAUGCAUUGAAUCCGGACUGUUUUUAUGGAGCGCAGCUGUACAGUAUAUGUCUGUGUUGCGUUACGCACCGCCUCAAGAGCAACGGGACAGCGGCCAAUAAGAUCCAGCGAGUGAAACUCGGGCAAAUAUUCCAACAGUGAGAGUUUCCACGCGUAAAAAUGACCCAAGCGCCAAUGCUGUUCGGAGAAUGAGGAGAAUCCAUGAGUCCAAAAGCGCAAGAGACCCGGAGAGUAACUACGAAAGAAAGAGAGGCUGAAGGGAGGGAGAAAAGAUCUAUGAUGAUGAUGAUGAUGACCUAGAAACAUCAGGAGCUACUCCUCUGGUUCUUGGGAUGAUGGGGAAUUUACGCAUCAGUGUUUGUUAAUGCUAAAAGAAAGGAAACCAUUGAUUGUCCGCAAAAGUUUACUUUUGUUUUUACGCAAGGAUGAUUAUAAGACAGUCGGACGCGCGCUCCGCUUCUCCAAAGUCACACCUAUGAGAAGGAAUAGCGCUUUUACGCAUUCAUGUGCGUGUGCGCGCGUAUGUGUGUGACCGAUGGCAGAGAAAUCCGAGCGCAACGGCUACGUGCGCGCGUGUGUCACUCCAGUGGAUCAAGACUCGUGUCCCUCGUGGCUGACUUUCAUUUGGAGCGCGUGGAGCUGUAGGAGUCUCUCUUCCGCCUUGUGCGUCGGCUCGGUGUCCGUGUUCCUCGCUCUGCUCGCGCAGUCCGCGGACUGGGAUGCGGAGCGCGCGCACGCACACCCGGGAUCUCCUGCGCUUUAUUUGGUGACGCUCUUGGAGCUCGCGUGGCAACUGCUCUCUCCGAUCUUCACGCUGGUCUGUGCCUUCUUCUGGGUGGGAGUGUAUCUUCUCCGCGGCGGGGUGCUCGUACGCACGGCCGUUCUCUUGCUCACCGUGUGCCAUCUGGGAGAAGCGGCGGCGCAUUCACUCUUGGAUGCGCGUCAGCUAUACUCGUUCACGGCUACCGCGCUGGUGCUGCUCGCCUGCCUGGCCGGCGGGGCGCUCAUGGUGGUGCGGCUGGGUCAGGGCAUCUCCGUCCUCGUCUUCAUCAGCAUCAUCAGGACCCUGUCGCUCCUCUCGCUGCAGAAGGUGCGCGCCAGCUGGAGACCCUACCUGGCGUACUUGCUCGGGGUGCUGGGGGUCCUGUUGGCGAGGUAUGCGGACAGACUGCUGCCGGACCAGGGCGCAUCGCACCGGGAGGGAUCGAGGGGGGAUAUUCCCGUAUUUAAGAGGCGCAGGAGGUCCAGUUCUGUAGUUUCAUCGGACAUGGAUCAGCACGGACAGUCCAGGGGAAAAUCCCACAGGAGGACAUCUCUCCCCUGCCUACAGAGAGAGCAGAUGCUCCCUCAACAGGAAUGGGACCACAAAAGAGGCGCCCGCGGAUCUCAGUCUUCGGGCACCAGCGUGACGGUGGACAUUGCGGUGAUGGGCGAGGCCCACGGGCUGAUCUCAGAUCUGCUGGCCGACCCCUCCCUCCCCCCCAACACCUGCAGCACCCUGCGGGCUGUAAGCAACCUGCUCAGCACCCAACUCACCUUCCAACCGCUGCACCACCGGCCGCGUCUGAGCCCUCUGCUGGCCUUCAGCGAUGGUCACGCCUGCUCCGACUCCGAAGAGGCGGCCGAGAGAGGAGAGAAGCUGGCCAUCCCUAAGCGUUUGAGACGGAGUUUGCCUCCAGCGCUUUUGAGGCGGAUUUCUUCCACAUGGACCACCACCACCUCAGCCACAGGCCUGCCCACCCUUGAACCCGCGCCGGUCAGGCGAGACCGCAGUGCCAGUAUCAAAGCGCCUCACGAUGGCCCUUCCAGCAGUUUGCUGAACAGUGAUUCAGGGAACAACUCUGUAAUGCUCAACAUGUCCAAGAGCAGAUCCAUGUCUGCGUCAUACACUGCCUCCAACCACAUCUAUAGCAAGAACCGAAGAGCAGGUUUCCCUUCUUCCAACAUCUCGCCUCUGGCAUCACCCUGCCAUUCUCCUCCAGUCCAGGGCACUCCAGUGAACAGUCCCACCACAAAGACUCCUUCAGUUGAGCUACCUGACACAGAGCUUCCACAGGGAGACGGACCGUUGACGCGGAGCCCACAUGAGGCCUUAACCCACAGUCAGAGCGCUCCCGGCUCCGGUAGCACACACUGGAGUCAGACUCCACUCUGUAGCAGCUGUGGUAAACCGUACAGUAAGCUGAGACAUAGUGAUGGAUCAAUAGAUGGUGGAGAAAGACCCCAACAGUCAGAUGAAGCAGUGAUAAUAUUAUCAGACUAUGACAUCACCUAUGAGACCAACCACAGUGACACCAGCAACUUUGCACAGAAUGAUGAAGACGAGGAAGGUCGCAGGAAACUCUUCAAUGCCCCGUCCACGCUUAUACCACCAGAGGAUAAACCCAUUCUGGCUCCGGACCCCCUUGUGAUGGAGGGACUCGAACCCCUCAUGAACCAAAUCAACAACUGGAACUUCCCCAUCUUCAGUCUGGUGGAGAAAACCGAUGGCAAAUGUGGCUGCAUUCUAAGCCAGGUGUCCUACCGACUGUUUGUUGAUACAGGACUGUUCGAAACAUUCAAGAUUCCAGUGAGAGAGUUCAUGAAUUAUUUCCACGCUUUGGAGAAUGGAUACAGGGACAUCCCAUAUCAUAACAGGAUUCACGCAACAGACGUCCUCCACGCAGUUUGGUACCUCUCUACCCAGCCUGUGCCUGGUUUACCCACCCUGACCCGCAUCCAGGGAUCAUGCAGUGAUUCGGACUGUGACAGCGGCCUCGCUCAUGGCCACACAAACUACCUGAUGUCCAAGACGUAUCCUGUAGAGGAGGUGGGCUACGGCUGUUUGUCUGGACUCAUCCCUGCCCUUGAACUCAUGGCUCUAUAUGUAGCAGCGGCCAUGCACGAUUACGACCACCCUGGACGGACCAAUGCCUUCCUGGUGGCCACCAGCGCUCCACAGGCUGUGCUUUAUAACGAUCGCUCAGUGUUGGAGAACCAUCACGCCGCCUCCGCCUGGAAUCUCUUCAUGUCACGGCCCGAGUACAACUUCUUGGUCAGCCUGGAUCACAUGGAUUUCAAGCGUUUUCGUUUCUUGGUCAUCGAGGCCAUUCUCGCUACCGAUCUGAAGAAGCACUUUGACUUCCUGGCUGAAUUUAAUGCCAAGGUAGGAGAUGACGGUUGCUCAGGUAUCGAUUGGACUAAUGAGAACGACCGACUCCUGGUGUGUCAGAUGUGCAUUAAGCUAGCGGACAUAAAUGGACCCUUGAAAAGCAAAGAACUUCAUCUGCGGUGGACGGAGGGCAUUGUGAACGAGUUUUACGAGCAGGGUGAUGAAGAGUCCAGUCUGGGUCUUCCCAUCAGUCCCUUUAUGGAUCGCUCAGCACCCCAGCUGGCCAAACUUCAGGAGUCCUUCAUCACACACAUUGUAGGUCCCCUGUGCAGCUCUUACGACUCUGCUGCCCUCAUGCCCGGGCACUGGGUCGACCCUAUUCCCAAAGAGGGUGAGGAUGCUGAAGAAGAGACGGAUGAAGAGGAUGAGGACACACCGGAGGAAGAUUCCUCCACCAGCUCCGAACUGUCUGAGAAACCAGCACCCAAGAAACGACGAAAAGUUUUCUGCCAGAUCACCCAGCACCUGCUUGAGAACCAUGAAAUGUGGAAGAAGGUUAUUGCUGAAGAGUCUCAAUGCCAAACAGAAGAGGAGGGAUCCACAUGUCUCAGUAACACCCCUGAGCCAAUCGAUGAAGAAGAGGAGGAGCCAGGGAGCAAGGAGGAGCCAAUAAAUGACCAGGAGGAGGAACAUGAGGAAGAGCCGGAAGAGGAGGAAAGUCCUUUACCUGAAGAGACACAUGAAAAUGAAGGACAGGUGGAGGAAGCAGAUGGUGAGUUUGUAAAGGGAGUGAAUUCAGACUCAGCAACUGUACAACAUCUAAUGGGAAAACAGGAGGAAACAAACGAAGAAAACACAGACGAAGAACCAGAAUGAAUGACUCGCCAUUUUAAGACCAGAACAUUGUCUUAAAACUUUUAUUGGCGAGCAAAACUCCUAAGAAAUGGUUGCCAGCACAUCACUUAGACACAACACUGUAGAUGCUUGGGGAACAUGUGCCUAAAGGAAACAGGGUGGGGUGGUUUGGGACUCAACAGAUGAAGAGUUUUUAAUAAAAAUGGAAGGAUAUACAGUACGCCUCCAACAAAGUAGACAUUGAAGAAGUUGCCAGGACUUUCUCUGGUGUUUUAGAGGUUUCCUAUAUUUUUAUCAACAAUGCAUCGGUCAGUCAUGGUUUCUACAAGUUCCUCUUUGCGAUACUCUCAGCUGCACCUUAAUAAAGAACCAACACCCCCCAAACUAUGACAGGGGUCCCAAUGACCUGCGACCACACAAGUUUUGCAGGCUUGACCGUCCUCCUCAUUCUGAGGAAUGUAGCAUUGACUUGGAGAACAAGAAAUGAUCCAUCAUGACUCACGUGAUAGUCUCCUAGAGGGCAUUUCACACAUCCGCAAUGAACGUGAAGAAACGUUCGGAAACAGCAUGCAUUUGUGAAGACAAACCACAUUCAUAACACUACAUUCCUUUCUAUUGUCCUGCCAUUCCCCUUCUUUACUUUUUAAGAGGCUCAUUGUGCAACUCUUCAAGGUCAUGUGCCACAACGUCCAUGCUGAAAAUGUCUUUGUACUUUUUCUGAAGGCGUCAAAUCAAAAACCCAUCAUUCUCUCCCCUCACCUGAACAUUUUGUUUCUCCAAUGGCAUUCCAUUCAUCCACGGACUGAGAUUUUCUGUUUCUCAGGAUCAGACUGUUCAAACUGAUAACUUUAAAAGGAGUCAUUGGUUUUUACCGACUUUCUUGCAACUUUAUAAUCUUUUGAAUCUUGGUUUGUGACAAAAAGAAAAAGGGAAUCUUUGAUUCUUUUUUAACUUGUAAUUUCGAAAAACAUCAAAGGCCUUUUUUAACAUAAUAGUCCAAUCAUUGUUUUACAAAUCAAAGUGAUUUGCUAUAUAUAUAUAUAUAAAUAUACACACACAUCACUGUUACUUUAGUUUAAUUUAAGUGUAUUGCCUGACCAUUUUUAUGUAGUGAAGAGGCAUGCAAUAGUACAAUAUUUCAUCCUUCUUGACAUGUACCCAUAACAUCCGUUAUAAUGUACCUAACAAAUGUUUUUGUACUAUCUCUCUCUCCCCCCCUCUCUCACUCUCUCUCUCCAAGCCUCUGUUCCUACAUUUACAUUUAAGCUUCUUAGUAAACUGCUUCGGCAAAUUUCGAUGAUCAAAGGCACGGGCUGGAGCGCCUGGCCUGUAGGCUUUCAGAGAGCCUCCAGCAUCCAAAUUCCCUGCAGUCGCAUGUUCUCGGUCUGAACAAGGCAGUAGCAAUGCUUCAGUAGAACUGCCGCAGUCGUGCAGAUGGGGUGCAAGCUCCUCACGCCCUCAGCCCAAACGGAUGAGGCGCGAACGCCGUCCCUCUCACAUGGCAAACCCGAACGCCAUGUGCCGCACAUGAGAUACGGGCACCAGUCGACACGGCUGUCCGCUCUCGCCUUUGAUGUGUUGAAAGAGGCUGUUUGCUUGUGAUGGUAGUUUAGUCAGAGGCUGGCGAGAUGAAAUACUUCUGCAGGCUUAAUCACCUCGUAAUCAGCCCGAGUCCGAUGCCUUGGGUCUCCGUAUCAUCACUUUGAAGGAGCAACCCAGUCUCACCCCAUGUCGUCAAUAUUUGACGACACUUGACCAUUCGU